GUCACUGCAAAGAUCUAAAGAAAAGCGGUUCUUACAAGAACACAUGCGUAAGUUCGCUACAUGCUUAGCCGUUUUCUAUUGAAGUGAUCGCUUGCCAAGAACUUCAUGUUUUUCACAGCGAUCUCCAAUAUCGAUACAUGUAAAGAGUAUAUUUCAUCCCAUUCGCACGCCCGCACACUAGACCUAAAAUUUGUUUUCUAGGGACGCACGAUCUUUUGGAUCCGAUUUGAACAGGUGAAGAUCCUCUUGAGUUACAUUACAUUUUUUCGUUUCGACUUCGCAUUUGCCAUUUUUUGGUUUCACAGCGCUAUACCCAAACCCAUUUUUCCUCGAAAUUUAGAUUUUGGUCUAGUUCCCGUAUUUUAGUUUUUCGAGGUUUUCAAUUUUAUCCAUAAUAAAAGUAACUCACGUAUUACCGCUCGGGCUAGCACUGGCGCCCAGACGAAGCGCUUGAAUAAUGACGAAAAGCGAUCUACCUUGAACGAAUCCCGGCGCAGCUCUCCCUCACGACCGAAUCUACGCGAUCAAGAUGCGACGACGCAGAAUUAUUCACCGAGGUCGUGGAAACGAUCGCGGGGCCGCAGCUCUUGUCCUCCCCGCGUGCUGACGAAACGAGUACAACUACGAAAAGUAGAAAAAAGCUGGUUAUGUUGUUAAGACUAUAAAAAUCCUGAGGACGACCUCAGGGCCGGUAAAACCCCCGACUACAAGAACAACAUUCAUCAUGGACCAGUCCAUCCUGAAUUCCCUGCUGGAGACCCUGGAGCUGGCCGAGGAUCCGAGCAACCAGGCCCAGCAGCAGGUGGUCCAGCGGUUCCAGGUACUGAACCAGCACGAGAAUCUUUUGCUCUACCUGGUGUACGUUUUUCAAGACAAGGAAAAUCUGGCGAACAAGCCGACAGUUCGGGAGCGGGCGGGGUUGGUUUUGAAGCAGGUUUUCCGCACCCGAUGCGACAAUCUGAACCCCCAGCACGUCCGCACCGUGCGGGACCAGCUGGUCGAGACGGUGAAGGAUCCGAACAAAAGGAUAAGAGAAACCUCUGGGAACGUUUUGACUUUUAUCAUCCAGAAGACCCACCUGCAAAAUAACUUCGACGCGAUCGGAAAUCUCACCGGGAACUUAGUCACCGCCUUACAGGUCGGCACGUCGAAUUCCGCCUCGAGCAGCGGCAGCUUGACGCAGCAGCAGCAGCAGGAUUUAGAGAGAUUAGACGGGUCAUUUUCCUGCCUCACCAAGAUCUGCGAAGACGCGUGCGACGCGAUGAAGCAGGCGAUCAGCCAACAUUUAAUGAACACCGGGCCACGGAUGGGGGGCGGAAUAAAUGGAAGUAAUGGGCCGCCCGAUGUGGAGUCCCUGCCCGAAGCGCAGAAGCAAUUUUUGCAGUUCUGCGCGGAAAAGCUACUGCCAACCGUGUUUCAGUUUGGGAACAUGUCCGCCCCGCUGGUGUGCAGGAAGUACUCCGUCCAGCUGGCAAAUCACUUUGCACUCGCCGAAAUGCUCGAAACUUCGCCGUUCCAGGAGAUACUAGGUAUAGAACUUGUACUCGAGUUGUAUUUCGUCGUAUGAUUGUUCAACAUCUUCAACAUGCGAUCUUCAUAGAGAUCUUGUCAAUGUAAUGCUUGAAAAUUAUGGAAGUAAAGUGCGAGUGCACGACCACCCAGCGCUGCCCGACUUCUAGAACUUCCAGUUGUACUCGUAAGCUUGUGUUCAUCUUAGACCACAAAAAUUUUCUUCGACCCAUCGCAUCACAACCGCCCCAGGUCACCUUCUUCCCGCCUAUUUCCAGAUGGUGGAGCGGCUCGCUUCGGACGAAGACACCGAUGUUUUACACGGUGUGGUAAAAGGCAUGGCGCACUUGCUGAACAAAGAAAAGGGGUACGACUUAAUCGGCGGAAAGCAGGCCCCGACGGUGCUGAAUUUCAUGCUGAAGCACAGCCAGCAUCCCAACGAGAAGAUCCGCAUCGAGGCCUGCGACUUCUGGUCUUCCGCGGUCCGAUGGGACAAUUAUUGGACCGGAAUCAAGGACCUGUUGCCGCAAUUAGUGCCUAUUUUGCUGCAAAAUAUGAAGUACACCGAAACGGACUACUGCAACAUGUACGACCGCGACGACGAUCAGGACGCGAAAGACCACCAGCAAGACAUUCAGCCCCGGUUCCACGAGUCGCGGAACCAGCACGGCGCCGGCGAUGACGACGACGACGACAGUGGGCCAUCCAACGCCUGGGGCACGGAGUGGACCGUCAGAAAAGCCGCAGCAAAUUCCUUGGAUACGAUGGCGGCGAACUACGGUUCAGACGUUAUGGAUUUGGUGCUGCCAAUAAUAUCCACACAUUUACAGUCCACGGAUUGGGAAACGCAGGAGAGCGCGGUAGAAGAUUUUCCAGCUUUUUUCGUCGAGAUAAAUGAAAAUGAAACUUGCCACAAUGCCUAAUAAUUCGCGUUACAAAAGUUUUUACGAGCCACCCUUUUGUGCUGUCACACUUGAAAAUCAAUAACAAACACUUCACUAGGUUCUCGCCAUCGGUGCGAUAGGAGUUGGCUGCUUUGAACUAAUGUGUCCCCAUCUUCCGCAAGUUUUCGAACUUCUUGUCACCAAAACCGUCACCCACGAAAAACCGUUGCUGCGAAGCAUAAGCUGCUGGUACACACAAACAUGCUUUACUGCAUUGCCGCAUGUAUUCUUAUGUGGAAAUAAAUAUUUUGCGCACGAUAAUGGAACUCAAAUUCUUUUUUCCUUUAUUUGCUUUUCCGAUCUUUUCAUGCUUCCUACACGCGUCUUGCUGUUUUUGUGUUCACGCCUCACAAAAACUAUCCUACCUACAGGUGCAUGGCCCGCUACGGGUAUUGGGUGUGUGAGAACCGCAAUGUCUCCAUCGAGGUUCUGAAAGCGCUCCUGCAGCGCAUGCUGGACCGCUCCAAGCGCGUGCAGGAGGCCGCCUGUUCCGCGUUCGCGACCCUGUGCGAGUCCGUACCGGACCAUGGGAAUUACGGUGGCGACAACAACCCGACGAUUUUUCACGAGUUUGCCACAGACGUGCUGCAUACACUUGACAAGGCUUUUCAGACGUACCAGAUGAAAAACUUGUUUGUCCUUUUCGACUGCACCGCGGCAUUUGUGCGGACGCUGAAGUGGUGGAUCCGCGACGAUCAAUACUUGCAGAUUCUCCUGCCGCCGGUCGGGAAAAAGUUCGACGAGCUGCUCGUAAACGACAAGCUCACGAUCGCACUCUUCGAGUGCCUGAUGGCGCUCGUGGAAAACAUGGGUAUCUGUAAGUAGUACUAGGGAUUUAUUCUGAUUUUUGCGAGAUGAUAUUUUUUGCAAAUUGGUAGCCUUUGCUUUUCUUAAGUGCUGGGCCCGGGUGUGUGUGUGACACGGAAAUCUCUUCCUCUCCUGAACCACAGGGCAAUCGCAAUGUUGACGUGUGGAUCAUGCUACACUUCACGACAUCUACGAUCUGCUUCUAGAUGUAGAAUCAGUAACACCAUCAAAUUUUCCACCUCGCCGUACUACAACAGGUGCCUCCUUCGCCCCCCUCGCUUCCAAGGUUGUGGAGAAGUGUGGCAUCAUCAUCAAGACGACAUUACAGCAGGAAGUACAGUUCAAGGAAAAUCCGAACACGGCCGAGCGCCCGGAGCGCGACAUCAUGGCGACGUCCAUUGAUUUACUUUCCGCCAUGGUCGACGGGUUCGGCCGCGACAUUUCGGCCGUGCUGAAAAACCAAAAUUUUGCGGCCGUGCUCCCCUUGAUCCUCACAGCAAACAACAACAACGGAUUCCAUUUCGGGUCCCAGCAGUGCGCUUUCGCCCUGAUGGGCGAGUGCGCGAAGUACUGCAUCGAGUUCCUGAUCCCGCAUCUCCCCCAGCUGAUGCCGGCGUGCAAGCAGAACCUGAUCCACGUCAACCCGUCGGUGGCGAACAACGCCUCGUGGGCGAUCGGGGAGGUGUGUAUCCAAGUACCAGAGGAGAUAAUCCAGCCCUACGUUGGUCCCAUCACCGAAACCUUAGUCGUGUGCAUCCAGCACGCGACCAGCGCAAGGGAACAGAAAAUCCGCGAAAUGAAUGGCAUGGGACUGAACGGACAGUGGCGGAACGAUAGCGGGUUUAACAACAACGCGCGGAGCGGCCCGAUCGACCACUACAUGAUCAACAACUGCAUCACCCUCGGCCGUUUGGCGUCCGUGUGUCCGGCGGAAGUGCGACCGCAGUUUUCCACCUUCGUCCAGCCGUGGCUGUACGCCAUGAAGGACGCGCGAAUAGACCACGAGAAAAUGCGGGCCUUCCUGGGGUUCUGCAAGUUGGUGAAGCUCGACCCGGAGGUGCUGGUGAACUCACCGCUUGGAAAUGGGAAUAACAACACCAACCAGAGCCCCAGCAACGGGACCGGCAACAUCGACGUGACGCGGUACUCGCAUCUGUUUCUCCUGCUGCUCAACAUUGGACUGUUUGACGGCAAGGAAUCCCCGCUCCUGAGGAACGAGUUCCGGGAGAUACUGCUCGGUUACAGAGAAAAACUCGGCGCCUCCAUAUGGGACAACCUGGUCUACCGACUACCGGCCCAGCACAUUUCCGCACGAAUACAGCAAAUGGUCGCGAGUUGA